CGUGUUGAAGUGUUGAGCGCUUGCACACGUCCUCUGCUCUAGUGCCUGGAGGUUCGCAAGGAGUAGGCUCACUUACCAGAUUUCUGGGACUUCCUGGAUACACUAAACGACAUGCACAUUUUAUUGCACAAUAAGUCAAUAUAGCUACAACAUUUGUGGCAACCAUGCUAAUUAUGUUUUAGGCUAUAGCCAAAUAUACUUAUACGGCAACGGACAGCUACAGAGGAUUGGGACACAACAAACUAGUCACUCGUCUGCUCAGUUUGGGGAUUUCUACCCCUGCCCGUCGCCCAGUAGGAAGCCGAAAAAAAGUGUCAGUUAAAUAACAGUGAAGAAAAAAUGUGUUCAAUUGUAAACCGACUGAAACCUGCUCUGGCCUACACGCUGUGGCUACAAACAACCGGGUACUCGCGUAAAGUUCCAGCCCACAUCGGCCCGGGCUUACGCACCAGCAAGCAGCCUCUUGAGUCGGUCAUCAUACGACCUUACUGCUCCAGGAUGGAGUUGGGAAAAGGACCUUUCUUCAGGCAGCUGUUUGAGUCAGUGAGCAGCACCUACACCUAUCUACUGGCUGAUACAGAGAGCAGGGAGGCGGUCCUCAUUGAUCCAGUACUGGAGACAGUGGACAGGGAUCUGAAACUUGUAGAGGAACUGGGUUUCAACCUGAAAGUGGCAGUGAACACUCACUGCCAUGCAGACCACAUCACAGGCACAGGACAGCUGAAGAACAGGCUGUUUGGGAUGAAGAGUGCCAUCUCCAAGCACAGCGGGGCCAGUGCAGACAUCCUGCUAUCAGAUGGAGAUAAGAUCAGCUUUGGCAAACAUUAUCUGACAGUGAGGGAGACUCCAGGACACACAGACGGCUGUGUGACGUUGGUGACAGGGGACCAGGGCAUGGCUUUCACUGGGGACACACUGCUAAUCAGGGGCUGUGGAAGGACAGACUUCCAGCAGGGCUGCUCUAGGAGGCUCUAUGAAUCAAUCCACCAGAAGAUCUUCACAUUACCUCCCCAGUGCCUCGUCUUCCCUGCACAUGACUACAAAGGUCAGACGGCCUCCACCGUGGGCGAGGAGAGGAGGUUUAACCCUCGCCUGACCAAGAGCGUGGAAGAGUUUGUGGACAUCAUGACCAAGCUGAACCUCCCCAAGCCUGCUAAGAUAGAUAUUGCGGUGCCUGCAAACCUGGUGUGUGGACUCCAUGAGGUUUGAAUGUCAAAUCGAUUUUAGGAUUUCACUUUAAGCACUAUUGGGAGGAAGAGGGGAAUGAUUUUCACCCAGCCACAACUUAAUGUUGUAUAUAUUUUAUUUCCAAUUUGAACAUACAUUCCUCCUUGUUUGCCUAUGAAAAAAAAGCAGUGGUCAUGAUUUGGUGGGUGUACAGAUACUGAAAUUGUAUAGUAAAAGAUGCAUUAUCAUUAAACAUUGCCAUGUACAUUGUAACAUUUUAUAAUACAAUCUCCUGGAACAAUGUGAACAUUAAGAUGACCUAGUUUUAUAUUAAAUCAAGAUUGUUCAAAUGUAAA